AUGCCGGCGACGACGCGUCAAGGUAAAUUCCCCUACGGGGUCGUUCCUUUUUUGUUUUAUUCCACCAGCGCCCUCGGACGGCCACUACUGACACGCUCCGCUCAGUGCGACGAGAACGAGCCGUGCGCACACUGCGUCCGGCGCAAAGAGCAGUGUCGGCGGCUGUCGGUCAAGGAUACGAAAACAAAAACACACGAUGACCACGAGGCCCCAGACGCCCGACUCAACAUUGGCCCCAGCCUGGCCAGCCCACGCCUCGAGAAUGACCCGGACCCGCACGUCAAUCUGUGGCACCUCGAGCUGUUCCAUCACUUUGCGCAGCGGACGGUGGCGACGCUUUCUUUCCCGGCCGUGUGGCCCACGCUGCUGCAGCAGAGUUUUCAUGAUGAGUGCAUCAUGUGGGCCAUCUUGUGCACGGCCAGCUGCCAUCUGGCCGCCCUCGCGCCGCAGGAUCCCCGGUACGCGGGGCCGUCGCCGGCGUCUCUGCCGUUUUUGCCCAAGGCGAUCGGCCUCUUCCGCCAGAACCUCGCCCGGCCCUUCACCAAGUCCAACGCGGACGCGCUGAUGGGCUGCGCCCUUCUCAUGAAUUACAUUGCGUGGACCAACCUGACGUUCCUCGACGGUGACGGCAAUGCCUCUGGCGGGCUGGACCUCUCCCACGAUCCCCUCUUCCUCCUCAGCCCAGGCGUCCGCCACGUGUACACGCAGGCCAUGCCCAUCUUCAUGGCCGAGCAGAGCGUCUUUUUGACCAUUGCCCACGAACAUCCGCGCCGCAACAUCGAAGCAGCUCUCGCCCGGCACGGCCACGAUCCCACCCGGUUCGUCGAACCCUUUAUGCGCUGCUGGGACAGCCCAGAGUUUCAAGAGUGUCGGGGACCCGACGGCGUGGCCAGCGCACAGUCAAGUUCAACUACAUCGACGUCAUCGACCUCAUCGCCUGCAAUGCGCCCAUCGCGCACAUCAACGUCGUGGCUGCUCUUUACCGAGUUUGAAUACGAGUUGGCUUGGGAAAGGAUUGCCAAACUGCUGACGACCUCCUCGACGGCGAACAACACGCGUGACACCCCGCCAGAAACAACCACGGACGGUUCCAACACAAAGAGCCUGUGUCAAUGCCCCCUCCAAAAGUUCAAGACGCUGUUCAUGAUGCCGGCGGACCCCCAACCUGAACCUGUGCCCGUCGCCCCCAUGGAGCUUGUCGACCCGCAGCAGACCGCCGCGCGUACAGGCUACGAGCGUGUGGCCUGCUGCCUCUCGCCGCUCUUGUGCUGCGCAGCACUGUCGGCGUCAGGAUUGUCCUCCUCCGCAAAGGGUGACGACGCGUGGUGGUGCACCGCCGACAGCCGGCGCCUCUUCUUCACCAUCCCGCUCCUCUGCAGCGGCCCCUUUUUGCAGCCCAUCGUCCAGGGCGACGCGCGCGCCUUGCUUCUGCUCUUCCACUUUUACCGGGCGGCGCGCAUCGUGAUGGCGGCAACGGAGGAGGCGUGGUGGGCGCGCGAGCGGAGCCGCGUCAUGGAGGAUCGGAUUGGGACGGAGUUGCGGAAACGGGGGUUCACUGCCUGUCUUGUGAGGGAAUGA